AGCGUGAGGGGCGCGGGCUGUGGAUUCAGAUUCUUUGUCCUUCGGGAGUUUCCCUAUUCCUUUCCUUAACGACUGUAUCUUACAUGAAGACCUGACGUGCGGCUCUGCAGGGAGCGAGAAGGGGGCUGGAGCGCCGUCAGGCUCCUCCUCGUCCCUCAGCUCCCCCCCCCCGGCAGCCGGCGGGUUAGACGGUCCCGGGUCGGGCCCGCGGGGGCGGAAGCGGCGGCGGCGGCGGUCAGAGCCGGAGCGGGGCCGGAGCCGCGGCCAUGGAGGGCCCGCGCUGGCUGCCGCUGGAGGCCAACCCCGAGGUCACCAACCAGUUUCUCAAACAAUUAGGUUUACAUCCUAACUGGCAGUUUGUUGAUGUAUAUGGAAUGGAUCCUGAAUUACUUAGCAUGGUACCAAGACCAGUGUGUGCAGUGUUACUUCUCUUCCCUAUAACAGAAAAGUAUGAAGUAUUCAGAACAGAAGAGGAGGAAAAAAUAAAAUCUCAGGGACAAGAUGUCACAUCAUCAGUAUAUUUCAUGAAGCAAACAAUCAGCAAUGCCUGUGGAACAAUUGGGCUGAUCCAUGCUAUUGCCAACAAUAAAGACAAGAUGCACUUUGAAUCUGGAUCAACCUUGAAAAAAUUCCUGGAGGAGUCUGUGUCAAUGAGCCCUGAAGAACGAGCCAGAUAUCUGGAGAAUUAUGACGCUAUUCGAGUUACUCAUGAGACCAGUGCCCAUGAAGGUCAGACUGAGUCCUCCUCGCCAUCCUCAUCACAGCCUCAUUCUAGCCACUGCAGAACGAAGGCCUCAUCAUUGUGUCACCAUGCAUCCCUGCCCUGGGUCAAACGUAACCAUGUAGGCCCUGCAAAGGCUACCAGUCCAUCUCUCCGUCUUCGUCGCUGGCGACCCUUCUUACGCCUACCAUCUUUGGGUCUCCAUUCUGUUGCACCAAGUAUAGAUGAAAAAGUAGAUCUUCAUUUUAUUGCAUUAGUUCAUGUAGAUGGGCAUCUCUAUGAAUUAGAUGGACGGAAACCAUUUCCAAUUAACCAUGGGGAAACUAGUGAUGAAACUUUACUAGAGGAUGCCAUAGAAGUUUGCAAGAAGUUUAUGGAACGUGACCCUGAUGAACUGAGAUUCAAUGCAAUUGCUCUUUCUGCAGCAUAGCUUGUUCAAUAGUGGAAACACCAAAUACUGUAUUAUUUGCAACAAAAAUGAAAUUUGUGCUGCCAUACACUAAUUCAAAAUUUUUGAUAUUUUCAUUAACUUGACUGAUUAAACUUUAUGU